UCCAACUCUCUUCUCAAAAUUACCACCAACACUACGAAGAUUAAUUCCAAGGAGAACGCCAUGGCAGCAUCGGCAACAGCAGCGACGGUUUCUCUUGGGUGUGCUUCCUUCUCGAAGAGGCCACCGUCUCUGAAACCAAGAGUGGUUUCAGACCUAAGCUUUGUUACUUCGCAAUUGAGUGGAAUUCAAAUUUCCUGCCACCCAUCAGUCUUGGAAAGACCUCUCUCUGCUCAUUUCAAGCCUGCUCUUCAGCCUGUUGCCCGUAGAAUAUGUCCUUUCACUGGGAAGAAGGCUAACAGGGCAAACAAAGUUUCUUUUUCAAACCACAAGACGAAGAGGCUGCAGUUUGUGAACCUGCAAUACAAAAGGCUUUGGUGGGAAGCCGGUAAGCGUUUUGUAAAACUGCGUUUGUCAACCAAGGCAUUGAGAACAAUAGAAAACAAUGGACUGGAUGCUGUUGCCAAGAAGGCUGGAGUAGAUCUUCGUAAGAAAUAACUAAACACUACAUCCAUUUACUCUCUAGUUUUUGUGCCCUCCAGUUUCCUGUUUCUUUGUAAUUUCCCUGCUUACUCUGUUGGAUACUUCUGAGAAGAUGAGUUAAGUUAUUUAUACAGUUAAUGUUACGUUCUACACAUAUUCUGGAUUCA